AUGAAGAUCUCACAUCCACUCUUUCUAUUCAACACACUUUUCCUUUCUCAUCUUGGUGCGGCUGGUCCGUUGUGGUGGAAUGGGACUAGUAGGAAUUUUAUACGAGAUGGCUAUGAGGGAAAGGGGGAUAGCAGUAGUAUCAUCGCCAUUACGAUUUUACCUGGGACAGUAACUUCUCGUAUCAGCUCCACCACACAAAUCGGAUCCUCCUCAUCGAUAGAAGAAAGUACGACUUUAAAUCCCAGCACGAGGGCUGCUUUGUCAUCAUUGAGCAGUACUUCAGCAACGUCGGUGGUACAAUCAAAUGAAGGAGGUCAAUCGACUGCAUCACAAGGAACGACGAGUGUUUCUAGUACCUCGAGUGGACAGAGCGGAUCCGAGACAUCAGUGUCGUCUUUCUCGACAUCAUCGUCACAACCCACGCCGUUAUCGUCGAUAAUCCUUAGUACAGGUGGUACAGCUCCGGCACGAUCAAGUGCAUUUACUUCCCAAGUCUCGAUCACUGGAACGAAAGCUGGAAAUGCAGAUGCAUCAAUAACAGAAUUAACUUUUACCAUCACGCCUCCGCUGAACACGGCGCCUACUGGAAAAUCAUCAUCCACGAAAAGUGAGCCAUCGAGUCAGAAUCCAUCCGAGUCGCAAACUACUUCGUUUUCCAGUGUAGCUUCAGUGCAGACUACCACAUUCGAGCCACUUCCUACUAGUUUACCAAAAAGUAGUCUCACGACAAAGAGUUCAUCGACAUCAGAUAUUUCCUCACCAUCAAGUCUAAAUUCCAUACAAACCACAAUCUUCCCUCCACUUCCCACAACCGCAUCUAAACCUAGUGUAACGCUGCAAAGUUCCUCGGAACAAUCUUCACAAGGGUCUGUAUCAGGAUUAUCAGCAUCAACAUCACGUAUAUCAGUCGGACCAUUUGGUACAGGGAACUCAAGUACAGCCGUAGGAACCGCACAAAGUUCCGGGGAUUCGGGUCCAAGUUUCAAACCAACAAUCGAUAUUACAACUGAAGCUUCUGGAAUCACUACACAGAGUUCUGUGAGAGAUACUUUGACUCCCAGUGCGGUGCCACAGAGUACUGGGGUGUCGAGUUCGGCAGGGAUUUCAUCAACGAAAGAAAACUCGAAAAUUACAAUUGUAGCGCAAAGUACUAGUUUCGCGGAAUCUAGUACGAGUGCUACAAAGGAGUCUGGAAAACUUACAGGAAGCUUUGCGCAGAGUAUUACUACUCAAGCCUCACUCACCCAGUUUUCAUCUCAGUCGAUCUCAAGUAAUACUCUUAAGAUUACGACUUUAUAUAUUACUACCGUGGUUCCUUCCUCUACUCUUGGGCUUAUUCCAUCUUCUUUUUCGUUGUCUUCGGCUUUGACCUUGCCUUUAGCUUCAUCGAUUACAGUUCGAACAUCUUCGAAAUUUUUGUCUUCAUCUACCUCUACCUCUUCAUCUUCAUCUUCCUCAUCACCAUCUUCAUCCUCAUCCUCACCCCCACAAACCACCAUAUUCCCCCCUCUACCCACCACACAACCUCUGUCUCUAAGCAGCACGCAAAUCACCACCCCGAGUCCAACAACAUCUAGCGAAUCGACCAGAACCAAAACAACAACAAAAACAUUAUCGUUCUCCAGCAGUACAAACGCACCAUUUUCAUCCUCAUCCUCCUCAACCUCCUCAACCUCCUCAACCUCAACCCCAGAACCCACCAUCCAACCAUCCACAACCACAACUAUAAUCCAACAAUCCACACUCCAACAAUCCACAACCACAAUCCAACAACUCACAGCAUUUACCAGUACCAAUACCCUUGAUGCAAAUAAUGGCGCUAUAACUGCUUUGACCAUUAUUCCUGUUACAUUUACUUCCAUCACUCUUUCCACUCCCACUCCCAUCUCCACUCCCACUUCCAUUCCCAUAUCCACUGCCACCGCAGCAGCAACAAUAGCCACAGGAAAUGGAUUAGCAGCAACAACCUCAAUUUCUCCUCCUAGCUCAACAUCAACUAGCAAUAAUGGAUCAGGAUUAGAAACAACAGUAAUCAGUAUACUUGCACCCAAACCGCAAGAGACGAGUACGAGUACAGGGACAAAAGCAAGUGUAACGAGUAUAAAUACAAAUACAGAAAAAGGAAUUUGUGUAGGCAUAGGUGAAGAUGGGAAGGCUGUGAGUAUUAGUCGUUGUGUGGAUUUUGGUGGGGGGUUUACUGUUACGGAGACGGAGACGGAGACGGCGAGGGAGACGGCGAGGGAGACGGUUACGGUUACGGCUAGGGGGUAG